GCGGCGGCCUCAGGCUUAGGCCCAGGCGGGCCCCUCGAAAGCCGCGUCCUGGCCUACACCCUGCACCGCUGGAGCAGCUUCUCCUCUAUGUACCUGCCCGAGAAUAUUUUAGUAGACAGGCCCAAUGAUCAGUCUUCACGGUGGUCUUCCGAAAGCAACUACCCUCCACAGUAUCUCAUCUUAAAACUUGAAAGACCUGCUAUAGUCCAGAGCAUCACAUUUGGCAAAUAUGAGAAGACCCAUGUCUGUAAUUUAAAGAAGUUUAAAGUUUUCGGUGGGAUGAAUGAAGAAAACAUGACAGAUCUGUUAUCUAGUGGCUUAAAGAAUGACUAUAACAAAGAAACAUUCACCUUGAAGCAUAAAAUUGAUGAGCAGAUGUUCCCUUGUCGAUUUAUUAAGAUAGUUCCACUGCUGUCAUGGGGUCCCAGCUUCAAUUUUAGCAUCUGGUAUGUUGAACUCAGUGGCAUCGAUGACCCAGAUGUGGUCCAACCCUGCCUCAAUUGGUACAGCAAGUACCGUGAACAGGAAGCCAUUCGCCUCUGCCUGAAGCACUUUCGCCAGCACAACUACACCGAGGCAUUUGAAUCCUUGCAGAAGAAAACCAAGAUUGCGUUGGAGCACCCCAUGCUGACAGACCUCCAUGACAAGCUCGUCCUGAAGGGAGAUUUCAACGCUUGUGAAGAGUUGAUAGAAAAAGCUGUGAAUGAUGGUUUGUUCAACCAGUACAUCAGUCAACAGGAAUACAAACCUCGAUGGGGACAGAUCAUCCCCAAAAGCACCAAAGGUGAUGGUGAGGACAGCAGGCCCGGAAUGAGAGGUGGUCAUCAAAUGGUCAUCGAUGUUCAGACAGAAACAGUUUAUUUGUUUGGCGGCUGGGAUGGGACCCAGGACCUGGCUGACUUCUGGGCAUACAGCGUGAAGGAAAACCAGUGGACGUGUAUAUCAAGAGAUACUGAAAAGGAGCAGAAUGGCCCCAGCGCCAGGUCAUGUCACAAGAUGUGCAUUGACAUCCAGCGAAGACAGAUCUACACGCUGGGCCGUUACCUGGAUUCCUCUGUGAGGAACAGCAAGUCUCUGAAAAGUGACUUUUAUCGCUAUGACAUUGACACAAACACGUGGAUGUUGCUAAGUGAAGAUACUGCAGCGGAUGGUGGCCCCAAGCUGGUGUUUGAUCAUCAGAUGUGCAUGGAUUCAGAGAAACACAUGAUCUACACUUUUGGAGGAAGGAUUUUGACGUGCAACGGCAGCGUGGAUGACAGCAGAGCCAGCGAGCCACAGUUCAGCGGCCUCUUUGCUUUUGACUGUCGAUGCCGGAUGUGGAAGCUCCUGCGAGAAGACUCCUGUAAUGCUGGCCCUGAGGACAUCCAAUCCAGAAUAGGACACUGCAUGUUGUUCCAUUCAAAAAAUCGUUGCCUGUACGUGUUUGGUGGGCAGAGGUCGAAAACAUACUUGAAUGACUUCUUCAGUUACGAUGUAGACAGUGAUCAUGUGGAUAUCAUAUCGGAUGGCACGAAGAAAGAUUCAGGGAUGGUUCCAAUGACUGGUUUCACCCAAAGAGCUACCAUCGAUCCAGAACUGAACGAAAUCCAUGUGUUGUCAGGACUCAGCAAAGACAAAGAGAAAAGGGAAGAGAAUGUUCGGAAUUCUUUCUGGAUUUAUGACAUUGUACGGAACAGCUGGUCUUGUGUCUACAAGAACGAUCAAGCAGCCAAAGAGAAUCCGAGCAAAAGCCUUCAAGAGGAGGAGCCCUGCCCACGCUUUGCACACCAGCUUGUAUAUGAUGAAUUGCACAAGGUUCAUUAUUUGUUUGGAGGGAAUCCAGGCAAAUCCUGUUCUCCAAAGAUGCGGCUGGAUGACUUCUGGUCCCUGAAGCUCUGUCGGCCUUCCAAGGAAUACCUGCUACGCCACUGCAAAUACCUAAUAAGGAAGCACAGGUUUGAAGAGAAGGCCCAGAUGGACCCACUAAGUGCACUGAAAUACCUGCAGAACGACUUGUUUGUCACUGUGGAUCACUCAGAUCCCGAGGAGACAAAAGAGUUCCAGCUACUUGCUUCAGCCCUCUUCAGGUCUGGCUCUGAUCUGAGCACUCUGGGGUUUUCGGACGUUGAUCACAUCUACGCCCAACGAACGCAGCUAUUUGAUACCUUAGUGAACUUCUUUCCAGACAACAUGACGCCUCCCAAAGGCAACCUGGUAGACCUCAUCACUCUGUGACCGGGCAGCGGCCAGACACAUGGAAGGAGGGGGAAGAACAUUUUCUGCUUUCAGUAUUUUUAUUUUGUGUGUGUGCGUGUGUCCGCGCGCGUGCGUGUUGAUUGACUGAGUGGUGGAAUGCAGUAAUAGAGUGACCCAGCUUUGAAAGGGGCUUUAUGGGUAAUACCAAAUGGGAUUAGGAUAAGAAAAAGUAAUUCACGUUCUUCUAAUGGAAAUAUAUAUAUAUAUAUAUAUUUUCUGACCUUGACUUUUUAAAGGUUAAUGAUCAUUGACAAAAAGAAAGCAACCGUGUGGUCCUCUGACUUGUUUAUAUUUUUCCAGGCCCCCGGGGUCCAAACCGAUGACGUAGAGCAUUUGGGGAGUUGGGUGGGGGGCUUGUAAUGUUGUCCCAGCACUUGCUUUGCUGAUUUUUUUAGCUUUACUUUCCUCCUUUGUUUACACUGGCAGCAGAUGCUGGUGUACAGGAGGUGUGUGUGUGUGUGUGUGUGUCUGUCCGUCUGUCUGUCCGUCUCUCUCUGUUGACUUGAGGCUUCUAAGAGCAGCAGCAGCGUGACUGUGUGAAGGAAAGCCAAUUCAUGGCCAUCUCGUCUCGGAGGAGCUAGCGCCCUCUGGUGAGCAACUGAGCCCUUGCUGAGAAAUAGGAAUAAAAAAGUAUUGUCAGGGCGGAACUGUACUUAAAACAUGAAUCAUGGCAAUGCAAUUACAGCCCCACUUCUGGUUGGGAGAAGCGGAGAGCGUAGGAGGGGAGGUACGGUGUUGCAAAACUCUUCCCCUGCCUAUAGAUUUUGUCCCGGACACCAACACGCACACACACGGCUUCUCAACUCCACACUGCUCCCUUCCCCAAACUGUUUUUCCUUCCAAGAAGUGGCCGUGGUGCUCAUGUGUCGUAUUCGUGUCCGAUGCGUAGUUCUGCCCCUUGGUCGGUGCCACCACGACUACGUGGCUUCUGUUCUGGCAGCUGGUCCGUGCCAAGCUUAUCAUGCGCUGUCCAAAACCUCAGAAGUGGAGAACGCUGGUCCCGCCGGCUUGUUGCACGCUCUUUUGUUAGAGGUGUCGUUGUACCUGUUCUGUUUUACCAAUGAAAACUCUAAUUCGGGGUUCUGAAGAGCUUGGGGCUUCCUUGUUUGAUGUCCCCCCUGGCUACACAGCUGCUUGGUGGCUCUGCUGAAGUUUGUAAUUCAGGUUACAAACCAUGGGCUUUGCAAACAGCUUGCUGCUUUCAUCAGGUGUGUGUGUGUGUGUGUGUGAGAACACAGGUUGGUUGCUGUAUAAGCUCCCCUCUUUAACCUGUUCAGUGACUGUUUGCAUGGGUAAGCCUUCCCUUCCUAGUUUGGAGCUGUAGCGACUAGCGCAGAAAGCUUUCGAAUGACAAGGUCGGGUCACAUGGCACAGAAAGAAUCCCACGCUGACUCUCCAGUAGACUGUGCAGAUGCCGUAACUUAAGCCUAACCUGUAGUCCUAGCACUGCUUAGAUUGAAGGGGGCUCUGCCUUUGGGCGGCCCUUUAGACCUCCAUGCAAUAUGCCUUCUAAACAUGGUUUGAAACACUGUCAAUGACAUGCACAUCCAUUUGAAAGCCAGUGGUUCCGAUUCUUCCGCACCCACCCCGAUCACCACUCCCUAGGUUUUUACAUUGAAGGCUUUGGCGCCAACACGUAUAUUAUUUGGGUGCAGAACGUUUUCCUUGAAUGGAAACAGUGUGAUUCCCCAAGCUCAAAUUAACUGGUAAAGAUAAUGCCCCUGUUUUAAGAAUCGGCCGUGUAAUGGCUUGAAAGUUUAAGGUUGUAUUUUUUCAACAACAAGGAGAAUGGUUUAGUGAAUGCCACGCCGACAGCCCUGGGCAUGAAAGUUAUGUUGUGGUAGUUGGCGUAUAAAUCCCUGUCCAGCACCACUUUUUCACAAGGAACCAUGUCGAAAGAACCCCAGGAGGAAUGGGGAAAACCUGACCCAAGCUGGUCCCUAAGGGCUUUCAGGUGCUUUCAGCCAACAUUCCCUGGGCUUUCAUUACUUCCUGGAUUUGCUUGUGUUCCACAAAGGAUGCAGUCUGAAAGAAAGUGGAUCUGCCCCCCACUAUCACUUUAUAAAUUCAGCAGCUGAAGUUACGUAAUUGGGGAAGUUAUAUAAUAGAGACGUAAAAUCUCUGUUAACCCUCAUCUGGUGUUUGAAAUGCCAUGAAUUCAUCUUGCAAUAUUCUAUGUGUUGGAAGAAUUACAUAUUUGCCUCUUCAGGUUUCAUUAUGAACUUUCCCCUCUGUAACUGAUAAGAAACUGCAGCGGCUGACAGUUUAGGUUUUCUGUGGCUUGUGCUUUAGCACCAACUUUAACUCUCAAGUGAAACCUUGAGCAGGCGAUGUUGGGGGAUUCCUGGGUGCUGCACCUGAGUUCCUACAAGGGAACCCACAGAAAGGGACACAUUGGCAGCACUUGGCAGACGGGGGGUAAAAUCAACACUAAAAAGCUUGCAGUGCUUAAACUGCUGAAAGGUUUACGUCAUGGCAUUUUCUACAGCUUUAGUAAAAAGACAGGACACAUUUUAGAGAGGAGAUUUGCUUCCAAGAAACUAUUUUUAAAAUGCCCCAGUGGCCGAAGAACAAGAGCCAGUUGACCUAGCCAGAUCAGCGAGUUGAGAACUUGGGUUAAGUGGAUCUGUGGAAAUCGGCAUUGAGUGACCCUUUGGCCGUAUUUAGAGAUCACACUACACCAUGGCUUAUGGCGACCUACCCAAGUGCUAUCAAGCCCCAGGCUCACAUGCUGACCCCGUGUCCUCUGCCCUUGCAGCUGGGAGGAGGAGCUUUGGACGCGUUUACUCACGCUUCCGGUUUGCCAUGUCGUCUGAUCCAGAAGUUGGCUUGUUCUGGAACUGACCAUUGUUAGUGUUAAGCCCUGAUCCAUGGUUCAGACAAAAUGACAACUCAAAGAUGAACUAAAUGCAAAAGCUUCCUAAGGCACCCAUCCUGCUGCGAAGGGAGAAAGAAGUAGGGGAGCGCACCACCCCAAGGCUCAGUGCAGCUCAGUCACAUCACAAUAAACUCUGGCUUAUUUUGCAGUCCAAAUACAGCCAGCAGAUGAGGGCCGGACUGUGAAGUGAUUGACAUUUGGCCGAGAAAUCCGUUGCUUUAAGUGCCAUAUUUUAAGAAUCACAAUUCAUUUUUUUUCCUGUGUGUGUUUGGAGCAUAUAUAUCUCCCCCCUUAUUUUAAAUGAACUUUGCAGUUGUCAAGUGUACCAGUAUUUUGACGACUGGCCAAGUGUUACGAAAUUGUCAUAUUUACACCAAUAGAACAUUAUCACGGGGGUGGGGGACGGGUGGGUAGGUCUCUUUAAUUGAACCUGAAAGAUUCAUUCAAUUGCUUCUCUGAAAAUAACUUAGGACUGUGUUGCAAUUAGGAUGGCUUCUUCACAUGCUGGUGAUAGUUGUGGAGCUGGUUAGAAUCUACUUGUAAUUGCAUGAGCCCAUGUUUUCUUCUCAACAGCUUCCAUGUCUCACUUCAAAGCCAGCUCACUUCCCCCCCCCCUCGUAUGUUUAUUCCCGUGGACGAGUAAAGAAUUUGCUGCUGGUCUCUUCCGGAUACGGUUCGCACAUUUUGAAAUCUUAUAACAUCAACCCCCAAAUGGUUGUCUUAAUCCAGCCCUUUCAAAUCGUGAGAGCCAAGGUUGUUGCUGCCUUGCUUGUAUUGUCGAUGGGAGAUCUCAUGAGCAUGAAGUCUUAACGUUCACCCAGUGGCAGGUGUCUUAUCUCCCCUUGGAUUCGGGUAUCGGGUGCCCUUGGAAAUAUGGAAGUUAGCUUGAGACCAUUCAGCUGCUCUUCCUGUUGCAUGGAUCAAUACCACCUAAGGGUGCUAAAUGCAUUGGUGAAAAGGUCUAUCUUAAGAGACUACAUUCAUGAUGGCACGUAAAACUCAGGUACCUUUGGCUUGCCAGAUGGAAGGGAAAAGCCUCACUGUUCAAAAGCCCUUAAAAAAAAAAGCUUUGCAAUGCUGUGACCUGGGUGUGCCCUAAAGCACUUAGUCAACUCGGUUUCCAUGUGGAAUCAUCCCAAGCCUUAUUCUUCUCUUUUUUUUUACACGAAGGAUGUGUGAGUCAAGAUUAGGGAUGGGUGAGAAAUGUUUUUGGUUCACUUUUGAGAAGAACUUAGCAAAAUUCGCAGAUUUCUUCAUAAAACAGGAGGGAAAGUACAUUUGCGUGUGGCAGAAGUGAAACUGAGAUCCGUCCAUCCAGGUAGGGGGGCCUUGGAAUGCUUAGCCUGGGCUUGAACCUCUCUGUAUUUAACCUUGCUGAAUUAGGGUUGCCACCUUCUUUUCCUCACUGAGGCUCUUCAUCUUUAAUGGUCUUCUCCAUAGUUGGAAUAACCCUAGCUAUUGAAAUUAGGCCGGGGUGGAUGGAUGAGAACUUCAUUUUUAUUUUUCAAAAAAUAAGAACUUACCAAAAAUCACAACUUUUUGGACAGAAAGAACUUGAGAUUUCGCUGCUUUGGUAAGACUGAAGCCCAGGAAUGGUGGGAAGACUAAGAACCAGUGUUAGAACAGCUGGUCCUGCUGGAGCACUGGGCUCCGGUGGCUGGGUGUUGCCACUGGACUUGGGUAAGAGCUAGACCAGGCCUAGUGUGUGGUCCUUAAGUCCUAUCACGGCAUGGCAGACCUACUUAUGACCCUUGAUCGAGCCCUUGGGGUUUUUGCAGUUUAUCUGGGCUAGGUAAUUUAAUAACAUGUCUCCUCCCUUGCAUGAAUUUAAUCUCUCUGGGUCCUUGCAGACAUUUACCAGAUGGCAGGGAUGGACUAUCACUUUCAUGCCUUCUUUGAGAGCUCACAGGAAGCCAAAUGCUGGACUAGAUGGACCUUUGGCCUGAUUUUGCAAGAUGCUCCAGCUACCCCAAAGCUAUAUUGGAAGCCUUGUGUGGCUUGUGGAAUGCCCCUGGCUUUUGACAUGAAUGAGGGAACACGGAAAUAGAAGGAGCUCAGGGUUCAAAGAUGAAGUAGUGCUUCUGUGUAACCUUACGCCUGCCAUUGGGUGAGCUUUUGUGAUGUCACAGCAUUAUUGGGUGUUCCUAACCCUGUGGGGGAUGCAGCCAAUGAAUUGUUGAAUAUUCGCCUGUCGUGGACCCUAUUAGGGAAAGCCUUACGCAGGGCCCACUGUCUGCAAAAGGAGUCUGAAUACUAGAAUAAAGGGCCUAGGGACAGAAGAAGCUAUUGAAGAAAGGUGAGCAAGUCUAAAUCUGAUUGGGUUGGAGCCAGGUGUUGCUUGAGUAGAAGGCAAGGCUUUUUACCAUUCCUCCCCCAGCUGGGUAUCUCCUGAAAGGCCUCAUUGGAGAAUUAUGUUGUGAGGACUGCACUGGGAUGGGGGAAUCGCCCCCCAAUUAAGUGGAGGCUAUUCUCGCAUUGUGGUCGCUGCCCAAUUUUGGGAAAUCCCUCCCUCUCACUGUAGCUCCUCAUGAAAAAAAAAACCCACCUGCUGGUCAGAACCAGCCCUCCAGAGAGGGAGGUAUGUGGCGGCAAUAGGCAAAAUCGUUGCACUAGCAAGGAUCCAGGCUACUGAAUCUUCUAGCUGUGGGAUUCGAAUCUGAAUCCCCAAAGAAGAUUCGGCUGAAAAAUGGAAGAGGACUGAAGCGUCAGUGAAGUUUUGGCUGCCCAUUAGAAAUCCAGUACUGAAUCUCGCACAUUUCUUGUUCGAAGGAAGGUAGUGUGACCCCCAGAGGCUCAAAAGGAGAUUGGGGGGGGGGGACUUAAUUUUUAUUUUUUUGGGGGGUAAUUUCUCUGAUUUCUCAAGUUUAGUUUAAAGAUGGGCAUUUUAUUUGUGCGUUGCUUUGUAACAGGGCAGUUUGUUGACAAUUGGCUUGGAGUUUCCGGUCAAAGCUCUUGGCUGGAUUGCAGAGUUUUAAGACUUUGGGGGUAUUUGUUUUUGCCCGACAUCGCACUUGAAUGAUUGGGAUGUCUUUAUGGAUUGCUCUGCUCUUUUAAAAAUGCUGCAGCUUCUGGUUCAUGUUGGCAUUGUGGCAGCUUCAGUAAACCUCACAUGCACUUAUUAGUGUUGAUGCUGCCAGUGCCAGUAACUUGUUGGGAAUGGUGUUGGUUUCUUAUGUGUGUUGAAGGGAGUUGAAACCACAUGACACAAAGGGUGCAUCUUUGCUAAUCAACUGGUUUAAAAGUCCUCUCCCCUCCCCAUGGAAACUUGGAAGCUGAAGUCCCAGGUGGGGACCUCCAAUUCUCAACACUUCUCCUCCUCACCAAAUUAAAAAACCCCAAGGUCCUUUGCAAGAAGCCAUGACAAAGUAGAAUAAGCUUCUCAUGUAUGCCCUACUUUUGGGGUAGUGAUGGUUCUUGACUCUAUCAAUGCCCCUUUGGAUAACCAAUAGAUCUACUUGGUCAGCUUGACUACCCUGAUAUUCAGGUGGUGUAACAUAAGGGGAGGUAGAGAAACGCCCUCCAAAAGACGUGUGGAAUGACUUGUGUACUUUUGGGAAAGGGUUUCUGUCUGCCUUGAACUCCUAUCUGAUGGUUGGCAUAAUCUGCACACUCGGACAGCUUUCUCCAACCUAGUGCCCACCAGAUGUUGUGCACUUCAACUCCCAUCAGCCCCAGUCACAUAGGCUUUGGCCAUUCUGGCUGGGAGUGAUGGGGCUUGUCCAACAUGCCUGCAGGGCAGCAGGUUGGGCAAAGGUCCCAAUCCCUGGUGUCCGUGGGGAGAAGUUCACCUCUUUUUUAAAACAAAAUUGAAUUGAAGGGAGAAUGUCCUCCAAGUGGCUCAGGCCAGGACCAAGUUUUGGUACCAGAGGCACAAAAACCAAAGUGCCCCCUACCCACAUGGAGUAGCCUGCCAGGCAGCUCUGUGGCGCAAACUUCACUGAACAGCUCGGGGCCUACGCAGGAGGACCAAGUGUUCUUAAGGGAUGAUGUCCCAAUGGGUCAGGUCCAUCUGCCUCCUCCUCUGCUGCCCUUAAGUUUCUCAGAAACUACUACCUGAUCCUGCAUCAUGAUCAGGCUGCCACUAGAUGAGAUGCAGCAAUUUGGUGACAUCCAAAGCCGGUGACAGCUUUGGACUACUGUUGUACCUUCCAGCGACACGAGAGACCUGCGUUGCACUCAAGUGAGAACAUUUUGCAUGCCUUGAAAUCUUCCACAGAGAGAACAAGCUGCACCCUUCCUUCAACAAUUCCCAUUUCAGGAGUGGGUGGAAUUUUGUUGCUGAGACACAAAAGCCUCUUGAGAACCAUUGUGUCACGCAUCUUUCCACACUGCGCUCACCGCUGUUCGCUGUUCUCCAAGCGUCUUUUUUCAGCCUGCAAUAUUAAUUUCACCUUGUGUUCUUCCCACCUUCACCCUCCUGUCUUGGCGUAAGGCGAAAUGAGUGUGAUCCCAGGUUGUAGUAGUAUGUAACAAUGACUUCGGAGCGAUACGAGAGCAAUUACCAAUGUAGAAUUAUGCUGUAUGUAAUGUAUAUAUGGAGAGAGAAUGUAUUUUGUUCAUUUUUUUUCUUAAUAAAAAAAAAGUAUACCAA